AUGAUGAAGAGCAAAAAAGUGUUUAUUCAGCCAUUUACUAAACAAUUGUUCGAUGCGCUCGAUGAGACGUCAGACUCACAAGAGCCUCCAUCGGCAGUUGGUAAUGGAGAACAAUCACCUUGUACACCAACAGAGGCUGGAGGUCGUUUCUCCUUUAAUGAAAACAUUUUUGCAACACCAAAACUCUGUCCUCCAACUCCAACAAAAACUCCUGCAACAGCAACUCUUAAGCCAUCAUCAUCAAAGACACUUUCUUCUUUAAAAUCACCACUCUUUGACUCGGAGAGUGAAGAAAGUGAUAAUGAUGAAAAUAAGUUUGUGAUCAAGUCUCCAAUCUCAAUCAAAGCUAGACCAAACCGUUUCCAAGUUCUUGGAUCAACAACAAAACCAAGAUCUCCUCUCAUGCCUGUACAACCAAAUCUACCACCACAUCGUGACUUUUCUCAAAUCAAACUUGGUAACAAACAAAAACCAAAAAGACCUAGUUUCUCUCUCGUUCAACAAAGCACAAGUGAUGAUGAAAUUGAAGAAGAAUUAACACCACCUGGUAUCUGUAAGAAGAGACCAUUCGAUGCUAUCAGAAGUCCUGUCACCACUAAGAGCAGUACCUCAAGUAAACCUUCAUCUCUUCUUGGUGGUACUCCUAACUUUGAUUUUCCUGACCUUUCAGAGGCUGAUAGAAAGGUUUUCCCACCACCAAAUAAGAAAACAGCAGGAACAACAUUUAUGGAUAUUUCUGGAGAUUUCAAUUCCCCUGGAAUGUGUCCACCUAGUACAAUCAAACCAAAAUACACAAAUAGUAGUGAACCAAUGUCUUCUAAUUGGUUUGCUAGUCCAAGUCUUACUAAGAGUAUUGUGGAAACUCCUCAAAUUGAAAUGACUCCACCAUCCCCUGUAUUAUUCCAAUCAUCUAAUAAUUCAAAGGGUAACUUUUUCUCAAAUCUCUCCCAAUCUACCCUAGAUUCUCCUGGUAACCCUUUUGAAACUGAAAUUUUCCAAACUGAUUUUGAUGAAGCUGUCAUUGAUUGCUCUGAUGAUAUGAUUAGCGAUGAUGAUAAUGCUUCAAUGGAAGAUUUUGGAGACAUGUCAAGUCAAAUGCAAGCUUCAACUCCACCUAGAGCAACCCUUUCCCAAACAUCUCCAAAUGCCCUCAAUGUACAACUCAUUCCUGGUAGACUCACUGCCAAUGAAGAUGUUCAUGAAAAUCCAUUCUCCCCUGAAAGAAACUUUAAAAAGACAAAAACUGAAGACGAUUACUUUUCCAUUACAGAUGAUAAGAAUACAUCAUCAUAUUUACAGGGAAAGAUUGCCUCAUGUAAAAAGUCAGCUAGAAAGAAGAGACAAAGUGACAUGGCUCUUAAUAUUAGUGAUGUGAAUAACCUUAGUGAAGUUGACCCAAUCUUUGAAGUGUACUUUUCUCGUUAUUUGGAAGAUUUCGAAGAGACUGGAGUUCUAGGCGAUGGAUGUUUUGGUAGAGUUACCAAGGCAAAGAAUAGAUUCGAUGGUAUUACGUAUGCUAUUAAAUCCAUGAAGAGAAAGAUUAAAGGAAAGAAGGAUCUAGAUAAGAUCUUGAAAGAAGUUCAAGCUCUUGCCACCCUUGUAGAUAACCCAUACCUUGUAAGAUAUUACUCAUGUUGGAUUGAAGGUAAACUUCCUCAAUUUAGUUUAUUUUUGCAAACCGAAUUAUGUGAGGGUGGUUCUCUUGCUAAGAGAAUUGGCAAACAAAUAUUUAACGAAUCUCAAUUGAUAGACCUUACGAGACAACUUGCAUCUGGCUUGAUGCAAAUGCAUGCCCAAAACAUUGUACAUCUUGACUUGAAGCCAGACAAUAUCUAUCUAACAUCAGCAGAUGAUGAUAAACCUCGAUACAAGAUUGGUGAUUUGGGACUUGCCUCAAGCUCUUUAGAAACUUUAAAGGAUGUCAUGGAAGGUGACUCGAGAUAUCUUGCAAAAGAAUUAUUAAGUACUGAAGAAAAUGUGAACACUGACUUGACGAAAGCUGAUAUUUUCUCUCUUGGUGCAACAAUAUACGAGUGUGCAAUUGGUAGACCAUUACCAAACAAUGGAAAUGAAUGGCAUGAUAUUAGAAAUGGUAUACUGAAAGAUUUCCCAAAUCAUUUUACUGACUCUUUCAAGAAUUUAUUACUUGCCAUGCUUAAUAUUCAACCAACUUGUAGACCUACAGCUUAUCAACUUUUACAACAUCCACUUUUUACCCAACAAAAACUCACUGAAAAUGACUUGCUUCAAACCAUCCAACAUCAACAAAAUAUCAUCAUCAAACUAAAAGAGCAAGAAGCUAUUUUAAGAAGAAAAAUUGAAGAAAUGGAACGAAAAUAA